AUGCGACCCUUUACCCCCAUUUCCAGACAUCGGUCUGGUCCGCCACCGAGAACGGCGACACCUAUUAAAAGCAUUUUGCGUCCAUCUAUCCUGGGUCGCAGGAAAGCUGAUGAGGCUCGACUUGAUUCGGAUGCGAUCGACCCUCCCUCCAGUCCGACAAAGCGUCGAAAGGUUUUCAUUAACGAAAUGAACAAUCGAGUUUUUGAGUUUGGCAGUCGAUCGAUGGAUGAGGUGAACGCGGAGGUCCGAAAGGCUCUCGAGGAGCAUUUAAUGGGAGAGGAUGAGGAUUACGACAAUCUCAAGGAGAUUUUCACCAACGAUAAGCAACGAUAUCUGCCUCCUGUUGUGGGGGAGGAUGAGGAUACCCUUAAGCCGCAGGAGCUGAAGAGUUACGUGUUGGCACUGACUAGCUGCGUCCCAUUGCUGAAGAAUAAAGCCUGCAACGGACUUGUGAGGACGGUCCUCCAGGUAUCGUGGCUUGGCCGAGAUGAGGACUUUUUCAAGGUCUAUAUCCAGUUCCUGGCCGCCUUGAUUAGUGCUCAGGGCUCCUACCUCACACAUGUGCUGUCCAUGAUUGUCGAGAAGUUUUGCCACUCCAGGCAGUCCGAAUGGAACGUUGCCGACUUUCCUCCCGUCACUCGUUCCACAAUGCGCGAGCGUCUGCACACCGGCCUCCAAUACAUCCUCCAGAUGUUCCCGGCCGCGACUCCCGUGCUCCGCAACCUUCUUGACAGCAAGUUCCCCUUCGACGAUGACCCCAAGAGAAUGUUCGUUGCCUAUGUCAACAACCUGUUGAAGUUAUCCGAGUAUGCAGGGGAUCUGGACCUUGACAUUACCGAUGUACUCCUUUCCCGCCUGGUCAAAAUCGAUGUUCAAAUGCAGACGGAUCUGGACGACCUUGAUGACGAUCUUACGGCCUCAGUCGCCUACGCACUUGGGAAGUCAUUAAACACUGGCUCGUGGGAGGGCGAUGAAGAGGCCGACGACGAGGAUAGCGACGACGAGUCGGUCGACAGUGAUGAUUCGGACUUUGACGAUACGGAGGAAAAGGUCCGCGUUGUCAAGGGCAACGUUGAGAAACUGGAUGCCAUCCUCGACACUCUGUUCGAUCACUACACGCCACUCUUCGAGAACCCAGAUUCGGAUGAAGCAUGGGGUCGAUACGCAUUGUUGGUUCAGUCGUUCGGAAAGAUCAUUCUUCCGACUUACAAGUCUCGUCACACACAGUUUCUGCUUUUCCACUUUGGGCAGAUGUCGGCCCGGCUCCGGGAUACGUUUGUCGGCAGCUUGAUGCACAUAUUCGGCUCACAGAACCGACCGAGCUUUGUACGACAAGCAGCAGCUACAUAUUUGGCGGGAUUUAUGGCAAGAGGCGCUCAUGUUCCACCGGAUCUAGUUCGCACAGUAUUCGCCCUCCUGCUAAAGCAGAUGCAAAUAUAUCGCCUGAAGCACGACCCCGACGCGCGAGGUCCGGACUUGAGGCGGCAUCAGAUCUACUACGCGCAGGUUCAGGCUGCACUCUACAUGUUCUGCUUCCGCUGGCGCGACUUGAUUGUGUCUGCGCCCGAAUUCGUGGAUAGAGACGACCCCGCCUCUUACCUGGGUCACGAACUGGAGUGGAUGCAAGGGAUGAGAGAGGAGUUAUCAGCCAGUGUCUACUGCAAGAUGAAUCCGCUAAAGAUUUGCGCGCCCGCGAUCGUGGAGGAGUUCGCGACACUGGCACACAAACUCGAUCUCAUGUACAUCUUUCCACGAGUCGAAGAGAACAAAAGGAUUAGACUGUCCCAGUUUGUGUCGGACACGUACGGCACUGGUGGCGCACUCAGGGACACAGGGUCCGGGGCACAGGAUGAGGAGUCCUACCAGCUUGACCCUUAUUUUCCUUUUGACCCCUAUCAGCUGCCAGUGAGCAAGCGAUGGGUUCAAGGAGACUACGUGCAUUAUCAGGCCGUACCUGGUCUUAAUAUGACUGCAGAUGAUGACGAUAGUGAGGAAGAGGAGGAUGACAUCCCAGAGUCUGACGUCGAGGAGGAUACUGCCACCGCCAGUGAAGACGAGGAUGAUGAUUGA